CGUUGGAAUACGAUUGUCUCUUUUUCUUUUUUUUUUUCUGAUUUGUGAUCUGUUUGUGUUGUUUACCUCCAUUUGGGCUGUCUUAUGGCCAUUCAAUUGGAUUCGUAAAGUGCCUGCUUGCCUGCCUGCCUGCCUAUUCUCGCUUGACGUGUCUGAUCUGAGCUCGUCUUCAAUUACAUGAUUCAAUAUUCAAUCUUGUCCUCAUUAUAGAUUAGAGCCAUGAUCAGGAAUAUCCCGCCAUCGGCGCGAUCGCCCAUCGUUCGCAUCGCCAAUGGCACUUUCUACAGGCAGCACCCGAAUUCGCAAUCAUCAUCACACGCUAAUCCCGCUCUGUUCAAAAAUCUCGAGUUUGAGCUGCCUUCGUCAUCCCCAGAGCCGCACAAUUGGUGCAUCGUGGGACCUUCUUUGUCCGGAAAGACGACCUUCUUGCAAGCUCUGAGAGGAAGGUUGCUCUGUGAGCCCCCCACGGCGAGGUCGUACCCAUAUCUGUCAUCAGAUGCAGUGUCUUCGAGAUUGAGAACCCCCAACAAGGCGAUUCAGUAUGUUGGAUUUGAUGCUGAGCAGGCGGCCGGAGGGUUGGGCGGCGCAGCGACGACAUCGGCGUAUCUUGCUGCACGGUAUGAGUCUCGCAGGGAGAUUACUGAUUUCUCGCUCAGAGACUUUCUGCUGGGCAAUACCGAGCUGAACCCCGCCAAGUCCCCGGAUCAGGAGAGCCAAGAAGAGGGCGGGAUAUCGGCUGAGCUACUGAAGCGCGUCGUCAAGGACCUUCGGCUGGAUUACCUGCUUGAUUUGCCUGUGACGUUCCUGAGCAAUGGUCAGGGCAGGAGGGCAAGGAUAGCUCGAGCGCUGCUGACGAGACCUGAAGUUUUGCUCCUGGAUGAGCCAUUCAUGGGAUUGGAUCCUCCGACGGUUACGGGGCUGAGUCCGCUACUAGAGUCUCUUGCCGAAAAGGCCAAUCCGCGACUGGUGCUGAGUGCUAGGCCGCAAGACCCUCUCCCAGAAUGGAUUACACACCUGGUAUAUCUGAGAAUGGACUGCCAGGUUGAGUCAAUGGGACCGAAGGAGGUUGUGCUGGAUGGCCUGAAAAAAUACAUUCAAGGGGUCAAAGUGGGCGGGCUAGCAGAAGACGAGAAGUUGCCUAUUCAUACUUUGGCUGAUAUAGGGAGGGUGUUAUCUAAAGAUUCUGCAGCUCAGAGCCACAGCCAGUCAGAGUCUGCUUCGACUUCAGCAUCAUUUCAUUCACAGCAACCUGUCAAUCCAAAUGCUGAGCCCCUGGUUGAAAUGGAUGGCUGCCAGGUCCGCUAUGGUGACAAGAUUGCUCUUGGAAACUGGUCACAGAAGACGCCUCAAGGUGAUAAGGCUGGCCUGAUUUGGACUGUUCGACGGGGUGAACGCUGGGGCGUGUUUGGUCCCAAUGGCUCGGGCAAGACGACCAUUGUCUCUCUUCUUGGCUCUGACCACCCACAAACCUACUCACUGCCUAUAAAGCUCUUUGGGCGAAGCCGUCUACCUGAGCCAGGCUCUGGACAGCGACCACUCACUUUCUGGGACAUUCAAUCUCGCAUCGGCCAUUCCAGCCCAGAAGUCCACCAACACAUGCCGAGGAGCCACACCAUCAGACAAGUGGUUGAGAACGCGUGGGCAGAGACCUUUGGCGCAAAGCCCAAGCUGGGCGCUGAGGCAAAGGCCAAAGUUGAGGCAGCACUCAGAUGGUUUGAGCCAGAGCUAAAGCCAAAUAGCGCUACUGGCAGCGAGGGCCUGGAAUGGGCCGACGACUACAUGUUUGGAGAGAUUUCGUUCAGUGCUCAGCGCGUGGCGCUCUUCAUACGGUCUAUGAUUAAGGGACCCGAUAUUGUCGUGUUGGACGAGUCGUUUAGCGGCAUGGACGACGCCGUCCGGGACAAGUGCACGCUGUUCCUCACAGACGGAGAAGCAAAGACUUAUGCGGGCGAGGAGAUUGUGCAGAGCCAGCAAUCCAAGGAUGGCACCGUCAAGGUGGAGGGAUUGUCGGACCAACAGGCGCUUAUCUGCAUUGCACACAUCAAAGAGGAGGUGCCGGAUUGCGUGAGAGAGUGGGUUUGCCUGCCAGAGGCGAAUACGGAGCAGCCGGCGAGGUUUGGGAGACUGGACGGUGCGUUGAGGGAGGAGGAGAAGAGAUGGAAUGAGAUUUGGGGGUUCUGAAAACUUGGCGUUAGGGAAGAAUGUCUGUAGAGAUAGGGAUAAAAUGUAGCCAUGCAUUAAUGUGAAUUACAAGUUGUGAAGGCUGCAAGAGGCGGCAUGUUUCACUCAAGACUACAAAGCCGCCGAAGCUUUCAUUUUUC